AUGUCCAUAAACGUUUCUAACAAUAAUCUUGGAACGCUUGGAGGUGUGGUCUUUGUAGGCGUGCUUUGCAUGAACAAGACCUUAAAUUCAUUAAAAAUUAAAGAAAGUCAGAUUGGCAUAAUUGGAGGAAGAGAG